AUGGAUGACUAUUUGGGUGGCGGGGACUCUAUUGAGUCCGUUAUCGCUUUGGUCAAAGAAAUAAAGAAUGUACUAGAGUCCGCGAAAUUGCACUUGCGAAAAUGGCAAUCAAAUAGCCAAACAAUUAUAAACAAUAUAACGAAUGAUGAAAAAAGUGAACAACAUAAAACCCUUAAUCUUGAUCCUUCUCCUUCAAAAACAUUAGGUUUAUUCUGGGACACCUUUCAUGACACUUUUUAUUUUUCAAUUAACCACACCUUUACACAUAAAUACACAAAACGUAAUAUUUUAUCUUUCAUAAGUCAAGUUUUCGAUCCUUUGGGUCUGGUUGGACCGUGUAUUUUACAAGCCAAAAAUAUAUUGCAACAACUGUGGGUACAUAAAUGUGGCUGGGAUGAUGAGGUUCCGUCGCAAAUUGUAUUGGAAUUUAAUAACUUUGUUAACUCUCUUUCUCACAUAAACACCAUACAUAUACCACGCUGGAUAGCGCAAGAUGAUCUUCGGGAAAUGCAGUUACAUGUAUUUACCGAUGCUUCAGAACGUGCAUAUGGCGCAUGCGUUUAUGUAAGAACGAUCUCAAUUGACGGAUUAGUGCAAGUUCGUCUUUUAACAUCAAAAAAUAAGGUGUCGCCUAUAAAGACUAUAACAAUACCUCGCUUGGAGCUAUGCGGCGCUUUACUAGGCACAAGGCUCUAUAAAAAAGUGAUAGAGUCUUUAACUAUGAAGUUCAAUAGUUGCUUUUUUUGGUGUGAUUCGACAAUUGUUUUGGGUUGGCUUUCCACAGAGUCAAGUUCUCUUAAGCAAUUUGUACGAAAUAGAGUUAAUGAGAUACUAGAAAUUACAAAGGGACACACCUGGGAUUAUGUGCCAUCUAAGCUGAACCCUGCUGAUUUGGCUUCUCGUGGGGUGAAUGCUGACUUCCGUCUGAAUGCUGACGUCCUUUCGCACUUUGGUGGAAGGGCCCAGAAUUUUUAA